UCCCGCGCGGCAUCAUUUGCCGAUCUGCGCGUUGCCCGCGCACCGCGUUUAGUGUUUGAAAAUCGCGUGUGUUUUUGUGCACCAUGCCGAAGAAUAUUUUCGCCGAAAUGGGCUCCCAAGUGGGGCUGACGCCCUCCAGACAAAAUAAACAGGAGGCGGAAGAAUGGUCCCGGAGACGCAGCGGCUCUAAAGUCAAUCCGACGUUUGAGCCUGACUGCCUUCCUCAAAGCCUGUCCCCGGUCAAAGAUGAGAAGAAAGGCUCAGAUAAGGGCAUAUUCCUUGUCAACUUGAAUGAGAUGAACCAAGAAGUUGAAGAAUAUGAGCCAUACGACAACCGAGUUGUUGAUCAUCCCACCACGAAUAUAGAAACCUUAUUGCACUUGCUCAAAGGCAGUUUGGGUACUGGUAUUUUAGCGAUGCCUCACGCGUUUUCCAAUGCCGGAUACGUCGUGGGCUCAAUCGGUACCAUUGUAAUUGGUGUUCUAUGUUCAUACUGCAUACACGUCCUCUUGGACUCCUGUUAUGUGAUGUGCAAGCGGCGGAAAGUGCCUUCGAUGACGUACACUGCUGUAGCUGAGGCCGCGCUUUCUGAGGGACCAGACUGGUGCAAAGCUUGCGCGCCGUAUGCUGCUCACGUGGUGAACGUGUUCCUGCUCAUCUAUCAGAUUGGAACCUGUUGUGUCUACGUGGUAUUCGUCUCGGAGAACAUUCAGUAUGUGUUGACACAGUACUUUGAAUUAAACGUUACUGUCGUAGAGGUGAUGCUGUGGAUCCUCCUUCCUUUGGUCCUCAUCAACUGGGUUCGGGAUCUUAAGUACUUGGCUCCAUUCUCUGGGUUCGCGAACGUGGUCACCAUCGUCGGCUUCGCAAUUAUCCUCUACUACCUAUUCAGGGAAGCUCCAACAUUGGAAGGGAAGGCUCCUGCGGGAAAACUCGCAAAUUUCCCGCUUUUCUUUGGAACUGUUCUCUUCGCUUUAGAGGCUAUUGGUGUGAUUCUUCCGCUGGAAAAUGAAAUGAAGACCCCAAAAGACUUCGUGGGUUCCUUCGGAGUGUUGAACCGGGCGAUGAUAACCAUUAUCGUCUUGUACGUGGGGAUGGGACUUUUCGGUUACCUAAAGUAUGGAGAUGCCGCAGCUGGCAGUAUCACACUUAACUUACCCUCCGAUACUGAGUUACUCGCGAGUGUAGUUCAAGGACUUCUGGCUUUCGCAAUCUUCAUUACCCACGGUCUUGCCUGUUACGUGGCUAUUGAUAUCGUGUGGAACGAGUACAUUGGUACCAGGCUACACAACAGCUCCCAUCGUAUUAUCUGGGAGUACGUCGUCCGGACCUCCAUUGUUCUUAUUACAUUUGGUAUAGCGGCAGCUGUCCCCGAAUUGGAUCUGUUCAUAUCCCUCUUCGGAGCGCUAUGCCUGUCUGCUCUGGGUCUUGCCUUCCCCGCCAUCAUUCAAAGCUGCACUUAUUGGUACUACGUUUCGGACUCGGAAAGAAUUCGCAUGAUGGUCAAGAACGUCAUCGUUGUACUGUUUGGCGCCUUGGGACUUGUAGUAGGCACUUGGACUUCCUUGGAUGGUAUAAUUAGAAAGUUCUCCGCCCACCACGUGUUAAAUGCCACCGCAGCAAUAACUGAAGCUACUAUACUCAAUAACACGUUAGGUGUUAUGCCAUAGAUUUUGAUUGUACCAUCAGUAUGAACCAUCCAAGUGCAAUGCGUUCGUACUCCUACGUACCCUAGCGUAUUGAACAAUGUUCUUAGACAAUAUUUUAGGCUCUUAUAUUUUUGUUGUAAGAUUUUUAACGGUUUCUCAUUAUAUUUUAUUGUUUGGUCAUUAUGAUCAGAUAACUAUUGUUGAACAAAUAUUAAUAAAGUAUUAUUUGUGCAUAUAUGAAUUCGCUAUAAAUGAAUAUUUUUAUAUACGAGUAGUGUUAUGUAACAUAUGAUAAAGUUUAUUUUAAAGUGAACAGUAUUCAUUUGUUGCUUGUUUUUUAAGAGUAAAUUUUUGUAUAUAUAUAAACCUUAAUUAUGUGCUCCUUACUUCUAAAGUCGAAAUAUAAUGAUGACCACAAUAAGUACAGCUUAUUUUUUACUAGUGAUUUAAGGUCAAACCGCACUAUAGCGACACUGCAGCAGAGGGGCGCGGCAUUUACUUGAAGAAUAUUUUGCCGCGCCUCUCCGCUACUGCGACAGAGUGACUUGCUGGACAGUCAAUUUACAUGAUAACCUCGCGGGCUAACGAUACGUCAGGAUGGACGAAGAAACAUCAAUUUCUUUUGACAGUAAAUAUCCCGAAUUAAAAAUUUUGAAUGAAGUUAGAAAAAGCCUAAUUUCGCCUUCUUUAUAACUGAAUUUGGAAUAUCAUGCACCCAAGUAGACAGAUUUUAAUUUUAUUCCAGUUUUCUGCCUUAGAUUCUGAUUAGCUCUUCACUUAUUAUUUAGUCAGACGCUGACGCGCUGCGCCUCUUUGCUGCAGUGUCCCUAUAGUGCGGGUGCACCUUUAAGCCGUCAUUUGAACGAAUAUAAUUUAAUCAAUAUUCAAGCAAAAAAUGUGAAAUGUAUAAGUAUUGUGUACUUAUUUGCACUGUUUUAUUUUUCAUUCACGCAAGUAUACUGUAAGAAACUUAGUACAAUAUUUAAUGAUAAAAAUGCACUUUACCAACUUAGUUUUAAGGAUCCGACUUAGCUACGAUGUUCCAUACUUAUAUAAAUAAAUUUAUAUUAUAAACUAAGUAUUUAGAAUAAAAAAGCCUUAACGAAAGGGCGUUUUGGCAGACAGUAUGGUCGCAACGAUAUUAGAAACAGAUAUUUCAAAUGUUUAUAUUUGCAAUAUAUUAAAAUAUUAAGUUUAAGUUAUAGGUUGUCUUAAUGACAAGACAGCUAUUUUGCAGCCGACGCAAGGUCACUAAACAACCACUUGGAAGUAAAGAUAACGAUGAGACAAUUAAAAUCACCAAAUUAUAUAGAAUAAUAUUGAUAGUAUAAUAAAAUUAUUCUAUAUAAUACUUUGUUGUACUUUACCUAGCAACUAAGAUUAAAAAAGGUACAACAUAGGUUGUUUAGUUUUAAGCAUUAUUUUAUCCUAUGCAAGUGAGAUUUGUGGUGUGGCAUUUUGUUUAGUAUAAGUCUACUUGCGACUAGCAGGUUACGGAUUAAAAUUCGUUAUAUUUUUGGUUACAUAUAUUAGGUACCUUACCAAAAUUGUUACCGUCUCAUGGCCGGAUAUCAGUAUUUAAUGUAUAAUUAUAUGGUUUCUAGAAUGACCUCAUUUCCCACUUUCUUUGUUUUUUGCCUCGGACAUGGUCGUUUAGUUGGCAUUACCAAUUGCUAUAUAUAUACAUAAUAUCUAUGUAUAUAAAGCUUCAAUCUCGUAAAAACACAAAAAAUGGCCUUCGAAGAGCUUACUAUAAACUUUGCUUAUACCAGCCAAGUUCCGGGCAGGUCAACGUCGUUCUGAGUUUUGGUAUUUUUUUAAACUUUACAAUCGCAUCACCGUUUUGCUUAAGCUCCUUGAACCACUUGAAUUUUAACUUUUAAUUAGUUCAUGAUACGAAAUAACAGGACAAUUCAAUGCCUACCAAGCUCAGUCAGCAAAGAAUUUGUUUUACAUCGUUAUGGAAUCAUCGGUUUUUACAAAAGAAGUAUCGUGUUGAUACUGACCAAAUGUUAUGAUUUUUGCCAUUUUGCCUGUUAGGAUAUAAGAUUGAUUGCAUUUCUAAUGUAGUCUAGCGAUAUUUGCUUGCUAAGUAGAAUUCAAUACAUUUGUUUUAUCCGGUCAUGUCGGAUAUAUCUGUGAUGAUGAUAAUUAUAUGAGUAGGAUAUAUACGUUGUAGUUAUGAUGUGUUUUACACGUCGGUGAUUAUGUGCUCAGAAGAUAUGAUAAAGAAUAAAAGUUUCUGAAAACAAA